AUGUUACUUAGGGGUUUUCGUUUUCGCGUUGUCUUCGGUGGGUUUUUUUUUUCAUUUAGUUUUCUCUUCAUGCAAUUUUCUUUCUGUGUUUCUCGAUUUAAAUUCAUUUUUCGCAUAUUUUUUUUUUUUUUUGUUUUUCUGAAAAAAAUAUCUAAUUUCUUGAAUUUUCUUUGUUCAUAUUUCCUAUUUCUCUUUUUUCUUUGUCUUUUUCUUUGCCUUUUUUUUACCUUUUCUUCUUUCUUAUCGUCUUCCUUUUUCAUUUCUUCGUUUAUUAAACAAAAUAUUUUCUUUUCAUUUUUUCAAAUUUUUUUUUUCUUUCUUUUUUUCUUUUUUUCUUUCUUUCUUUUUCUUUUUUUUCUUUCUUUCUUUUUUUUUCUUUCUUUUUUUUCUUUUCUUUUUUCUUUUUAUUUUUUUUUCUUUCUUUUUAGAUUUUCUUUUUUUUUUUUCUUUUCUUUUUUUUUUUCUUUCUUUUUUUUUUUUUCUUUCUUUUCCUUUCUUUUUUUUUUUCUUUUUUCCAUUUCUUUUUUUUCUUUUUUUUUUUUUUCUUUCUUUUUUUUAAAAUUUUUCUUUUCCUUUUUUUUUUUUUCUUUUUUUCCUUUUUUUUCUUUUUUUUUUUUUUUUUUUUCUUUCUUUUUUUCUUUUUUUUUUUUUUUUUUUUUUUCUUUUUCUUUCUUUCUUUUUCUUUUUUUUUGCCUUUUUUUUUUUUUUUCUUUUUUUUUUUUUUUUUCUUUCUUUCUUUUUCCUUUCUUUUUUCUUUCUUUCUUUUUACUUUUUUCUUUUCUUUCUUUUUCCUUUCUUUUUUCUUUCUUUCUUUUUCCUUUGUUUUUUCUUUCUUUCUUUUUACUUUUUUCUUCAUUUAUUUUCUUGUUUCUUUCUCUUUCUCCCUAUUAUCUUUCAACUUUAUUCUCUUCUUUCUUUCUUUAUUUCUUCAUUUUAUUGUUUCCUUCUUUUUUAUCCUUUAUUCUUCAAACUCUUUCUCCCUUUUUAACUUUUUCUUUUCUUUCUUUCAUUUUUUCUUGUUAUUUUUCUCUCUAUUAUCUACAAACUUUUUUCUGUUAUUCUUUCUUUAAUUGUUUUCAUUUUUUUCCCAUUAUUCUUCAACAUUUUUUUUGUUGUUUUCUUCCAUUUGUUCUGUUUUCCUUAAACGUGUUCUCUUUUUCUUUCUUUCUUUCUUUCUUUUCCCUUUUCUCAAUUGUUCUUCUACUUUUUCUCUUUCGUUCUCUAUUACCCCUCAUCUUUCUUAACUUUCUUUUUUCUUUCUUUCUUUCGAUUCCUUUCCUUUUUCCCUUAUCUUACUUCUUUUUUUCUUUCUUUUUCUUUCUUUCGUUCUUUAAUUCCUUCGUUUGUCAUUUGUUUCUCUACCUUUCCCAUUAUCUCUCCUUUUCUUUCUUUCUUUUCUUUUUCUCUAUUAUCUUUCUAACUUUCUCUUUUUCUUUCUUUCAUUUUUUCAUUCUUUCCAUUGCUAUGCUUUAUUCUACCUUCCCUUUAUCUCUCCUUUUAUUUAUUUCUUUCUUUUUCUCUAUUAGUCUUCUACUGUGUCUCUUUCUUUUAUUCUUUCUUUCUUUUCUUUUUUCUCUAUUAUCCUUCUUCUUUUUCUCUUUCUUUUUUAUUUCUUUCUUUCUUUUCUUUUUUUCUCUAUUAUCCUUCUUCUUUUUCUCUUUCUUUUUUUCUUUUAUUCUUUCUUUCUUUUCUUUUUCUCUAUUAUCCUUCUUCUUUUUCUCUUUCUUUUUCUUUCUUUUAUUCUUUCUUUCUUCUCUAUUAUCCUUCUUCUUUUUCUCUUUCUUUUUAUUUCUUUCUUUCUUUUCUUUUUUCUCUAUUAUCCUUUUUCUCUUUCUUUUUUCUUUCUUUCUUUCUUUCUUUCUUUUCUUUUUUCUCUAUUAUCCUUCUCCUUUCUUUUUUAUUUCUUGCUUUCUUUCUUCCUUUCUUUUCUUUUUACUCUAUUAUUCUUCUUGA